AUGGACUACGCCCGGCCCCGCUAUGCCUUGCCGGAGAAGCUUGAACUUGCUUGGCUCCAAGUAUGGAGCUUCAGGGAGGCCAUUCUCGUAGGCUCCUUGCAAGUCCAGGCCGAUUUUCAGUUUGCCUCGGCUGUGGCGUUCCUGGCAGCGACGGUGGUCUUCAUCGCGUGCUUCGCAGCUCUCGAGGCUCUGGGGGCACCCGGGCUGCACUUGGUGGGGCUGCACCCGCAGAGCCAGAAGCUGGAGCUGCCGUGCACUAUCCCUGGCUCCACGGCCGAAGAGAGAUCCCCUCCCCCGACCUCCCCGGGGCUCCCCGGCUCCCAAGAAGGCCUGGCCUUGGCUUUCGGCCAAAAGCCGCGCCAGGCUUGGGGAACCUACCUGGCAUUGUAUGAGCUGACCUUGCAGAACGCCCAGCGCGUGCUCGCCAGCCUCCUGGAGCAGCCAGCGAAGCCAUGGGUUCCUUUCAACGCAUUAGUUGACGAACUUUCAGGGCAGCUCUCUGCACUUCGGCAACGUUCUGCAGCCUGUGUUGUGCAGCGAGCGAUCCGGCACAGCUUGGCCAGGAUCGCGCAGAAGCGCGCAGGGCAGCUGGCUCGAUCUGCCAGAAAGCCACUCAGCACAAGCAGCGGAUAUUUCGCCGAAGCUCCGAAGAGAGCCUUGGUUCCGGUACCGCCUCCUCUGCCACCUUCAUCAGGACAUGCCCUCAAUCCUUUGGAAAAGCGUCGCCAGAUGGUUGCAGCGCAGUUGGCCAUAAGCAACCCUUCUCGACUUGCUCGGUCAAGACGGCCGCUGCAUUCGAGCGAAGCGGCGCCCCAAAACCUGGCCAGUGAAAAGGCAAGUGUCAGUCAGGACAUGGCAGCCCCCGCGGUCGUGAUCACCUUGCCCAAGCUUCAGACAGGCAGCAAUGCUCAGGUGGUCUCUCAGAUGUCCAGUGGAUGCUACGACAAGGAACUCCCUGCGACGGCCCCCUUGGAACUCCUUCUGAAGGAUGGCCUUGGAGAGGCCGACGUAGAUCAGAUCGCACUCCUGGGCCAGUGUGAUAGUGCGGGGAUUAGCAUGGCGCCUCCACCAUCGGAAGGCGCCAAGCGACCGGGCUCUGCCCCGCGACAGCCGUGCAGCCCGCCGAACUUCGCUGGCGUCGACACGAAGGAUGGUCCGACUCCGCCAUCCACUGCACCAACGGGUGAGUUCCACUCCACCGCCGGCAGCCUGCCGGAGGCUUUCAGUGAUUGUGCUGUGGCGAGGUCUGAGCACACCUUCGCACAUUGCCAUCGCGGAGUGUUACGAGCGGCCCACUGA